CUCAUCUUUACAACUGCAGUCAAAUAUUCUAAAUUCUCCCUACUAAAUCAAUACCAUCAACAUGUCUUGGCGUGACGACGACAACCAGCAGCAGCAGCAGUACGGCUCUGGCCGUGGCAACACUGACAACUUCGGCUCCACUGGAGAUCAAUUUGGAUCCGGACAAGACACCUACGGCACUGGCAACCGUCGUAACGACGAGACCUCGUUCGGAUCUAGCGGCCAGGGUGAGUCCUUCGGCCAGGGCAACUUGGGCUCAGGCAACGACAAUCUCGGCUCCAGUGGUAACUACGGCACUGGCAAUGACUCGUACGGUUCUGGCAACACUGGUCUAGGCGGUGACACAUACGGCUCUGGAACUCGUCGCACUGAUGACUCUACUCUCGGCUCCAGUGGCCGCCAAGACCAGUCGUAUGGCACUCAAGACCAGUCGUAUGGCUCCCAAGACCAAUCUUAUGGCGGCGAUUCGUAUGGUUCUGGAAACCAGCAGUCCUCGGGCCUCGGCUCUUCUGACACCUCUGGAAACAGGCGCGAAGGCGGUGCCGGUGGCCUGUUUGAGAAGGUGAAGGACAAGAUGCACAUGGGAAGCGGCCGAAACCAGGGCGGUGACAACUACUAAACAGUAGCUACUGCGUCCUGUGGUUUGGGUUAAUGUUGAGACUGUAUUAGUAAUGAAGUGUCAAACGAUGUUGUUGAUUUAAUAGUCUGAUUUAAUAGUCACACAUCAGAAUGAAUAUCCAAAAAAACAGUUUCCUACACAA